AUGUCGGCAGAAAGUGCAGACGGCAGCCGUCGUCUGCGUGUUCUAUGCCUGCACGGGCUGUACCAGAGUGGGCCCGGCAUGGAGGAGACGGUGAAUAACUCCAGCUUUGGGCAGGAGAGCAUCAAGUCUCGUUUCGAGUUCGUCUCAGUGAGUGCGCCACCGCCCGUACUGCAGAUGCUGGGAGCCGGCGGGGACUACCGCCGUUGGUGGACCAGCUUCGGGGGCGUCUACUACCCCGGGCAGCCCCUGAUCGGAGAGCCGUUUCGAGACGUGAAGGUGCUGAAGCAAGGCUACGGCACUGAAGAAGAGAUCGUGACUGGAAUUCUCAACGAAGAGAUGGACGAGACCUUCAAGUUUUUGAAGGACCUGAUCGAGACGCGGGGUCCGUUCGACGGGGUGCUGGGGUUCUCGAUGGGCGGGUUUCUCACCUCCAUCCUGGUGCCGCUGCAGCUCUUGCAACAGCGCGACGGCGAGCUAAAAAAACGCGUGGAAGCACGGUUCAAUCUGAACCGAAACUCCGCGGACGACGAGAUCUCGCAGAGGUGUGUGGAGCGCACGCUGCAGGCGGCGCUGGCGCUGGCGCCGGUUUUGGAUUUCAAGUUCGGAGUCAUCUGCAGCGGAGCCCCAAACUACGACGUGUUUUGUCGCGAGCUAAACUUGCAUCCCCAGUUCAAGUCGGCCCACGAGCCCUGCUCUCACUCCACACCAGGCACUUCUUACGCGCCCGAGAGCGUCCCCAAGGACUUGCCGAAGGACGAGAUGGCUUACCCGGAGCCAUUCCCGCUCCUCGUCACCGCUGAUGAGAAUGACUUCAUUGUGCCUUUCGCCGAUACAGAGCAGCUGUGUGGGCUCUUUGCAAACACCACGUUUUUGAAGGUCUCGGGCCAUUCUCUGCCGACUCUGGCUCACGAGUGCAACACACAAGUCGUGGAUUGGAUGAAAGAUCGCUCGACUUCAUGA